AGGGUGGGGUGGAGGCGGGAGCGGAGCCGGGCGCCGCCGGAGCUGCGGGGGGAGCGCUCGCUGGCUGGCUGGCUGGCUGGCUCUCCGCUGCGCUGCGCUGCGCUCCGGCCGCUCCCGCGGCCCGUGGAUGGGGGUGUCCGGCUGAGCCCCGGGAUCCGCCUCCCUCCGCCAGGACCCGCACAGAUAAACUCAUCCUGAAAGUCGCUGUUGUUCUCCUGCUGAGCAAGAAUGGAGGCCCCACUGGUGAGUCUGGAUGAAGAGUUUGAGGACCUUCGACCCUCCUGCUCGGAGGACCCGGAGGAGAAGCCCCAGUGUUUCUAUGGUUCAUCUCCCCACCAUCUCGAGGACCCCUCCCUCUCCGAGCUUGAGAAUUUUUCUUCUGAAAUAAUCAGCUUCAAGUCCAUGGAGGACCUCGUAAAUGAAUUUGAUGAGAAGCUCAAUGUCUGCUUUCGGAACUACAACGCCAAGACCGAGAACCUAGCUCCCGUGAAGAACCAGUUACAGAUCCAAGAGGAGGAGGAGACCCUUCAGGACGAGGAGGUUUGGGAUGCUCUGACAGACAAUUACAUCCCUUCACUCUCAGAAGACUGGAGGGAUCCAAACAUCGAGGCUCUGAAUGGCAACUGCUCUGACACUGAGACUUAUAGCAUCCAUAGAGAAGUGUCCUCCAAUGGCUUGAUGGACAGAAUAAACCAGCUGCCAGUAUCCUUGGAGCCUACUCAGGGAAGGAGGCCAGAGGUCUGUCUGAUCCAUGAGAAAGAAGAGGAAGAGUUCAAUGAGAAGAGUGAAAAUGAUUCCGGUAUCAACGAGGAGCCUCUGCUCACAGCAGAUCAGGUAAUUGAGGAGAUUGAGGAAAUGAUGCAGAACUCCCCAGACCCUGAGGAAGAAGAGGAGGUUCUGGAAGAAGAGGAUGGAGGAGAAACUUCCUCCCAGGCAGACUCGGUCCUCCUGCAGGAGAUGCAGGCGUUGACACAGACCUUCAACAACAACUGGUCCUACGAAGGGCUGAGGCACAUGUCUGGGUCUGAGCUGACCGAGCUGCUGGACCAGGUGGAGGGUGCCAUCCGCGACUUCUCGGAGGAGCUGGUGCAGCAGCUGGCCCGCAGGGACGAGCUGGAGUUUGAGAAGGAAGUGAAGAACUCCUUUAUCACGGUGCUUAUUGAGGUUCAGAACAAGCAGAAGGAGCAGCGAGAACUGAUGAAAAAGAGGCGGAAAGAGAAAGGGCUGAGCCUGCAGAGCAGCCGGAUAGAGAAGGGAAACCAGAUGCCUCUCAAGCGCUUCAGCAUGGAAGGCAUCUCCAACAUUCUGCAGAGUGGCAUCCGCCAGACCUUUGGCUCCUCAGGAACUGACAAACAGUAUCUGAACACAGUCAUUCCUUACGAGAAGAAAGCCUCUCCUCCCUCAGUGGAAGACCUGCAGAUGCUGACAAACAUUCUCUUUGCCAUGAAGGAGGAUAAUGAGAAGGUGCCUACUUUGCUAACGGACUACAUUUUAAAAGUGCUCUGCCCUACCUAACCUUGCCCUUUGGAGCAGCCUCGCUGCAGGAGGUCACUGAGCAAGAGUCAUUCCAUCACAGGGACUGCAUGAGACCAUGUAACCUCCGACAUGUAUUUAAACGUGUAUAGCUUAACCCGGAUUAAACACGAGCAAGCGCGCGGGGUCCUUUGCCGUUGGCUUCUAGUGCUAGUAAUCAUUGGAUGCAUGAUGGGGCAGGGCCGGUGAUGGUGCCUCCCCCUUGCUGGUGUCAGGAGAGGGGAAGGCAGCUGCUUUCACCGCUCAUUAUGUAGUCUGGCUCCAGCCCUCAAAAACAGCUUAUACUCGUAAGACUAAUUUUGAAAUAAAACCUUCAUUUAAUUAA